AGAGAGGUCAGCGCCGCGCACGCGAUGUUGAUAAGUGACAUGGCUUUGCUCUCCGCUUCUCUGACAGUCUGUUUUCAACGGCUCCACAUUUAAGCCGUUUUUUCUUUUCCUCCUCUUCACUCCUGCGCCAAACCGAAGAGUCUGCGCUAAUGACAUUGUGUGGCUGAACGUUUCGCGGCGAUAUGGAGGGUUUUCCUCCCGAAAGCGAGAGGAUGGAGGCUUGGCUCGACGACAAUGUGGACUUCGCUCACUCCUACUUUGUGCGAAAGGCUAGCCGGGAAAUGGUCAACGCCUGGUUUGCUGAGCGUGUCCACUCUAUCCAGCCCUCCAGAGAGGGGUCCAAAGCACUUCCAGAACCCCUCAGCAGCCUCCCCCCUUCAGGCCCCACUGAGGCACCUUCACCCAGCCCAGCACCAUCCACCCCCACCCGUAAAAUCUCUGCGUCUGAGUUUGAUCGCCCUUUGCGACCCAUUGUGGUGAAAGACGCAGAGGGAUCCCUCACCUUCCUCAGCGACACAGAACGGGUGCAGAUGCCACCUCCGGCCUCCCAGAAGCUCAGCUCAGGAGAAGGUCCGGAUGAGGGUGGAGGUAGAGGGGGGGACCGCUGUGCCCGUCUGUUGGAGCUCGUCCGGGAUGUCUCCAGUCACCUGGACCUGACUGCCCUCUGCCACAGGAUCUUUUUACACACCCAUGAGUUAAUCGCAGCAGACCGCUACUCGUUAUUUCUGGUCUGUGAGGACAGCUCCAACAAAAAGUUCCUAGUGAGCCGGCUUUUUGAUGUUGCUGAGGGAUCCACUCUGGAGGAGGCCUCUAACAGUGGCAUCCGCCUGGAGUGGAACAAAGGUAUAGUCGGUCAUGUCGCGGCUACUGGCCAGCCGCUCAAUAUCAAGAACGCGUAUGAGGAUCCUCGAUUCAAUGCAGAAGUGGACCAGAUCACAGGGUACAAGACACAGAGCAUCCUAUGUAUGCCCAUAAAAAACCACAGAGAUGAGGUUGUUGGUGUUGCGCAAGCAAUUAAUAAAAGGUGUGGAGAGAACAGCACCUUCACAGAACAAGAUGAGAAGGACUUUUCCUCCUACUUGGCUUUCUCUGGAAUUGUUCUACACAAUGCACAACUUUAUGAGACGUCACAGCUUGAAAACAGAAGGAAUCAGGUGCUGUUGGACCUGGCCAGUCUUAUAUUUGAAGAACAGCAGUCAUUGGAAGUCCUGCUGAGGAAGAUCGCGGCCACCAUCUUGUCUUUCAUGCAGGCUCAGGAAUGCACUGUGUUCAUUGCUGAUGGCGAAACAUCAAAUGCUUUCUCCAGCGUGUUUCACAUGGAGUAUGAAGAGCUAGCUGGAUCCAUGGAGUUCCCUAACAGGGACGGUGAUGUGAGCAAGAUUAACUACAUGUACGCCCAAUAUGUGAAGAAUACCAUGGAGCCGCUCAACAUUCCUGAUGUCACCAAGGACCAGCGAUUUCCUUGGACUAGUGAGAAUCCAGACUCCCGAAACUACCAUGUGAAGAGUUUGCUAUGCACACCGAUCAGGAAUGGGAAAAAGGAUAAAGUUAUCGGUGUUUGCCAGUUGGUCAACAAGAUGGAUGAAGCCACAGGUGAGAUAAAGGCCUUUAAUCGGAAUGAUGAGCAGUUUCUGGAGGCUUUUGCCAUCUUUUGUGGACUGGGCAUCCAGAACACUCAGAUGUAUGAGACUGUGGAGAGGGCCAUGGCCAAACAGGAAGUCACACUUGAGGUUCUCUCUUAUCAUGCCUCCGCUGCGGAGGAGGAGACGCGGGCGCUCCAGGCAGCCACUAUUCCCUCCGCUCAGUCUCUGAGACUACAAGAGUUCAGCUUCAGUGACUUUGACCUGUCAGAUGCUGAGACCACCCAGGCAACUAUCCGCAUGUUUGUGGAUCUCAAGCUUGUGCAGAACUUUCAGAUGAAGUACAAGAACCUGUGUCAGUGGAUUUUAAGUGUGAAGAAGAACUACCGGAAGAAUGUGGCCUACCAUAACUGGCGGCAUGCCUUCAACACGUCUCAGUGCAUGUUUGCUAUCCUCAGAUCGGGCGGAUUACAGAAUAACCUAAGUGAUUUGGAGAUUUUAGCCCUGAUGAUUGCAACAUUGAGUCAUGAUUUGGACCACAGAGGUGUCAACAACUCAUUCAUUAAGAGGAGUGACCAUCCUCUGGCCCAGCUCUACUGCCACUCCAUUAUGGAGCAUCACCACUUUGACCAGUGCCUCAUGAUCCUUAACAGUCCAGGCAGUCAAAUACUAAGUGGUCUAUCUCUGGAUGAAUACAAAACUACACUGAAGAUGAUUGAGAAGGCUAUCUUGGCCACUGACCUGGCCGUCUACAUGAAGAGAAGAGCAGAAUUCUUUGAACUAACAAAGAACAGUCAGUUUGUCUGGGAGAGUGACUGCCAUAGAGACCUGCUGAGGUCCAUGCUGAUGACUGCAUGCGAUAUCUCUGCUAUUACGAAGCCCUGGCCUGUACAAAAGAGGAUAGCUGAGCUUGUUGCCACAGAAUUCUUUGAGCAAGGGGACAAAGAAAGGAGAGAACUGAACAUUGAACCUAUCGAUCUGAUGAAUAGAGAGAAGCGUGAUAAGAUUCCCACCAUGCAGGUGUCUUUCAUCGAUGCCAUAUGCACACAGUUAUACGAGACACUGGCCAGUAUGUCAGAUUCCUGCUCCCCCCUGCUGGAGGGCUGUAGAAAGAACAGGCAAAAUUGGAAACUAUUAGCCGAGCAGGGUGAUGAGGCAGGCUUACUGAAUGGAGGACUCUGAACCUACAGCUGACCUACUCAGCAUGUCCCACCAAUCACAAGAUAAAGUCUUCCCUUUUCCCCAAGGUCCUUCCUUCACAACAGAUGCUCAAGGUUUAAGCAACUGGUCAGAUUUUCUGCUAAGUUUCAUGAUGUCUGGGUCUGAACACGGUUUUAUCUUAGGGACACAGUGGAAUCAUAUUGGUUCUGUUUAGGUUUGGUGGCAGCACUGAAGCAAUAUGUUCCACUAUACACAAAUCAAAGUUUGACUAACUAACACAAGCUCGUCACCAAGGUGAGGGCUCACAUACGUUUGGUGAUGCUUGGUGUUAUCGGCCUAAGAAAUCAGUCAUUUCCACCUGUCCAGUCACUGUAAAUAAUCUAUCCAUAAAUAAUCAAUAAAUGAUCUAGGGGAAUGGAUUGGGACUCAUUCAGGAAUUGAUAAACCAGUACAGUGCAGUGACUGCUUACUGAUGGACUGUGUACGUACAAGCGGGGUAGCUAUUACUUGCUUUGACCUUUCCAGGUGAUACAAAUCAGUGCUUGCAGAGGGACCUGAUGAAAGCGAGCAAGUGAAAAAUAAAGACUGGGCUCUUUGAUUUGAGUCACUGCAGACCCUGCAUAGCCUCUAUAUGAGGGCAUUGACACAGAGCUUUAUUUAUUGUUUCAGUCCCAUCUUUGGGUUGUCUGUAGCUCACUCACUGAACUGAAGAAACAGAGGUAGAUGCACAAACAUAAUUUAUUUCUCACUCAGUGCACCAUAGAGCUAAGCUAACAUACGCAACUGCAAAGGAACACAUCCACUCCAGAUAUCCGGAAGAAUGUUUUAUUCAUUUUCUCACCUUGUAUUACUAUUUUCACAUGUCUUUUGUAUAUUUAUUAACUUUAUAUCAAGCCUGUUUUAUGUGGUGGGAAUUUAGUUUCUUAUGUCUACAUGAAAAACUUGCAUAAAACUGUUGAAGGAAAAAAUAUAUUUAAUUAUUCACAA